CUGUCGUCGUGGCAACGUCCUCAUACACCAGUGGUCAUCGGUAUCGGCAAGGUGGCGCAUUUCGACGCACGAAUUGAUCCGGAAAUGUCGCUUCCCAUGACAAAUAUGAGUAAUGGGGGAACGACCACUGUACAAAUAAACACACGACCUGAUGACAUUCGAAAGCGGAUUAUUGGAGCGGAAGAUUCAACUCCUGCUGAUGAAUCAGGGUGCGGAAAUGUGCUCGUUGUAUUGUCCUGGGUGCUUGUGGUGAUGACAAUGCCAUUUUCCUUAUUCGUCUGCUUCAAGGUUGUCCAAGAAUACGAGAGAGCAGUGAUUUUCCGACUAGGAAGAUUGCUAUCAGGCGGUGCGAAAGGCCCAGGGAUUUUCUUCAUCCUGCCCUGCAUUGAUUGCUAUGCACGUGUCGAUUUACGUACACGUACCUAUGACGUUCCACCGCAAGAGGUUUUAACCAAAGACAGUGUCACAGUAUCAGUCGAUGCAGUUGUGUAUUACCGGGUUAAUAAUGCAACAAUAUCGAUUGCAAACGUGGAAAAUGCUCAUCACAGUACUCGGUUACUCGCCCAAACAACUUUACGAAAUACAAUGGGAACAAGGCCACUGCACGAAAUAUUGAGCGAGCGUGAAACGAUUUCCGGAAAUAUGCAGCUCAUAAAACUCUGCACAGAAAAUGUCUUAUGA